GACGCGCUCCCGGUUCCGUUGCUGCGCGGCGAUGCCGGGGGAGGCGGUCACGCUGCAGCUCGGGCACUACUCGGGCUGCGUGGGCGCGCACUGGUGGGGGCUGCAGGCCGCCGCGCUGCGCAGCCCCAGCGAGCACAACGAGCUCCGCGCGGCCGCGCUGCUCCGCUCCGCGCGGGGCCCGGGCGGCACCGAGAGCCCCGAGCCGCGGCUGGUGGCGCUGGAGCUGAAAGGCGGCGUGGGCGCGCUCAGAGCGGACGGGGCGGACACGGAGCCGCCGGUGAGCUGGGACGGCGCUGUCGCCGAUUGCCGGGAGCGGGGCCGCGCGCCGCGGGACACCGGGAGCCGCAGGGGAGACGCGGCCGGGGACGCCAAGGGGAACGCGGGCGCUGCGGGGCCAGGGUCCCAGGACGCUCCCUCCCCCAGGCUCUGGUCCGAUUACCUCAGUGUGAACCUGCACCCCCAGAGUCUCUACGUGAUCCGGCAGUACCUGCACGAUGGGGAUUGUGGCUGUCUCGAAGGCUUUGGGCAAGGUGAAAGCCUCCUGCAGGACCCUGCCUGUGUGGAGGAGCUGGAAGAUCGGCUGCACUUCUUUGUUGAGGAGUGUGAUUACCUCCAGGGGUUUCAGGUCCUCUGUGACCUCCACAAUGGAUUCUCUGGAGUUGGUGCCCGGGUGACGGAGCUGCUCCACGAUGAGUACGCGCGCAAGGGGAUCCUGACGUGGGGCCUGACUCCGGUCCUGGGUGCUGUGGGAGACCCUCAGAAGAGUUUCUGCAGACUGAUGAACACAGCCCUGGGCAUUGCCCACCUGUCCCGGCACAGCUCUCUCUUCUGCCCUCUGUCACUCAAUGGCAGCUUGGGACUCAGGCCAGAACCUCCUGUGACAUUUCCAUACAUAAAAUACAAUGCAUCCCUGAGCUACCACAGCUCUGCCGUUCUGGCUGCAGCCCUGGACACGCUCACGGCUCCCUACAGGCUCUGCUCCUCGCAGGCCUCCAUGCUGCACCUCGCCGACUCGCUCACCUUCUCUGGGAGGAAGGUUGUGGCUGCCUGGGCAGCUCUGCCCCUGCCCGCCCUGGCCGGCUCCGCGCUGCCCGACGUGCUGGGUGCCCACCGGGACGUGCCCUGGCAGCUCCUGUCCUCCUGCAAGGAGCGGAAAUUCAGCUCCUGCUUUGCCCAGUCGGCCGUGCUGCGAGGGCUGUGCCAGGAGCAAGGCAGCAGCAGGGAGAGAGAGAGCCCCGAGCAGGUGCUCCAGCAGUACCUGCACACGCAGUUCCCGGGAGCCUUCAGGUGGGUGCGGGUUGGGGCUGCACUGGCACGGGUGGGUGCGGGUUUGGGGCUGCACUGGCACGGGUGGGUGCGGGUUUGGGCUGCAUUGGCACGGGUGGGUGCGGGUCUGGAGCUGCAUUGGCACGGGUGGGUGCGGGUUUGGGGCUGCACUGGCACGGGUGGGUGCGGGUUGGGGCUGCAUUGGCACGGGUGGGUGCGGGUUUGGAGCUGCAUUGGCACGGGUGGGUGCGGGUUGGGGCUGCACUGGCACGGGUGGGUGCGGGUUGGGCGCAUUGGCACGGGUGGUUUAACCCUUUCUGUGCCUGAGGUUCUGGCACUGUUUAACCCUUUCUGUGCCCGCUGUCUGGCACUGUUUAACCCUUUCUGUGCCCGAUGUCUGGCGCAGUUUAACCCUUUCUGUGCCCGCUGUCUGGCGCAGUUUAACCCUCCCCAUGCCCAUCUCCCCGCAGCCGUGGGCAGCGUGCCCGUGCUGGCGGCCCUGCAGAGCUGCCCUGCCCUGCGGGCGCUGCUCUCGGGGCUGGCCCGGGAGCUGCGGCCCCGGCGCUGGGGCAGCUCCUGCACGGCCGGGCUGGAGCUCGACGACGUCCAGGAGGCCCUGGAGGAGCUGCGGAGCCUGGCCCAGUGCUACGAGACAGGGACAGAGACAGGAGCUGCGGCCGAUGGAUCCCAGGAUGAGGCAGAUUCCGACUGAUCCACAGCGGGGACUGGCUUUGAGAUGGCUCCCACAAUAAAGGGAAUUGUUUUGGA